ACUCGGGACUAGUUCGAAAAUUAAAAUGAAACAAAUUCCCAGCAUGACAGCAUCCAUAUAUUUAGCUUUCGUUUUCUCAUUAUCAGGUUAACAAUGGUCCUCUUCAAAAUAAAAAAAAGGUUACGACAAAAGAAAUCGGCUUCACAAAGUACCUUGAGAUAAAUGUAAGUAUUCAUUGCACCCAUCAUCGCAGACUAUGUGCACAUAAAUUUGCACAUGUAUUUAGGUAGAUUUAAUUCGAUCAAUAUGUAUUAUAUCCAUAUUAUUUGCAUAUGUUUGUAAGUAUAUGUAGCUGCAUGAGUCAUUUCAGGAUAAGGUAUUUUCGUCGAACGGUAGAAUUUGGAUAAAUAACUCGGCAAUGAACAAUUAAAGAUCGCAUAAUAAACUGGCUUUAACGAUGGUUUAUCUGAUGCACAUAAAUAAAAAUAUGUGAAAGUGGUGUUAUAUAAUAAGCAUCAAUUUAAUUGUUUCGCAUUCAUUCUUGCACAACUAUUCUUGUCGAUUCAAGUUAAUUCUGUGGUUUGGUGUCUUUGAGGUUUUAGUUUAUCUUGAAAUCUUUGCAAUAAUGUGGUUUUUAUCGUUAGCUUCUUCAACUCCGUGGACGAAUUGUAGAUACUUUUAUGUCAUCUUAUUCUAUUUUAAUGCAAUUGGUACAAGGAGGCACGAGUUUCGUCUACAAGCACGAAAAAAAUGCAAAAAUGAAAUAAAUGAAUGACAGUAAUGUUUCCUCUGCCGAUCAGUCGACGGUCCUUCUUUUCGAGUUAUAAAUAUCCCGUUUUAUGUAUAACUACUAAAUAUCUUAAAAGUUAUCCAUGCAACUUUGAUUUUUACUUCUAAAAAACUCAUGAUUUUUAUAGUUAUUAUUGCACGUGAUAUUUUUUAAGAAAAUUUAUUGCUAAACUAUGGACGUCUUUUGUCACAAUUUGUCAUUGGUCAUCCUCAUAAGCAUAACGCUGUGGAAGUCUGGGAUAUCUGAACCCCCUCAAUUCUUUAAUCCAGAGCAGGAUUUACAACAAUGGAAUCCCUCCACAGACCAGAACAAUUAUCCUCCCACAUUCCUACCAACAACGUCCCUCUCCUCGUCUUCUUCUUGUCCACCAAACGACCCCGUAAGAAACGAGCAGCUUGUGAUUCAUGCCUACAUUGGUCUCGCCACUAAUCCGAAACGAGUCGAAAAUUCCUUUCAUCCAGAUUACAUCCAACAUAAUCCAACCAUUGCAGAUGGAAGAGACGCCGUAAUUCAAGAUCCUGAUCCCAUUCAAGGAGUAGAAUUCAUGAAAACGGCGGCUGAUGCGGACCUAGUUUGGACAUUGGCCCGGUUAAAAGUGUUUAAUCAGUCGUAUAUUGCUGCUGACAUUUUUCGGGUGGAAUGUGGACAGAUUAAAGAGCAUUGGGAUGUUCUCGAAUUGGAAGGAGAAAAACAAAUUCGCACUUCCGGUGCAUUCAUUCAAAAAUGAGUUUGUUUCCUUACAGAAAAUAUAAAUUUAAUUAUUAUACAAUUUUUUGAUAUGAUUACCACACGAUUUUCUCAUUGGCUUUUCAUUUUUAUUUAAUUUAUUUUAUAUAACAUUCAAUUUUCAUAUCAUUUUUCAUAUCAUUUCUGUAAGCAAUUAUUCUUAUCCUCUAUGUAUGUAUAUUGUUCAGCAUUUAGUUAUUACAAAUGGCAAUUAACAAUUAGAACUGUCGAUAAAAUAAACUUAAAGGUUCCACUUUUGCAAAAAUGAAAUAGCAUUGUGGAAA